AUCUAUUAUUCUAUGUUUUCGAUCAGUGAACAUUAGAAUAUAUGAGUUUAACAUUUGAUAAUUAAGCAACAUUAGGUACUAAACGAGUAAAAUCCUAGAGGAUACGUGUGAAUCACAACACUCACAUCAAGGACAAUGUUGAUUUGUAGCUUUCAGGAACAGAUUCUUGGGUAAGCCUCGAUAAUGAUGGAAAUUCACAAACACGUAUAAAUACCAGUGUUUUCCACAGGAUUUUUGUCAAGCGCCCCGGGGCUGAUAGGGGUGGUUGAGGAGGGGUGUCCCCUCCUGACGUUGAUUUACAUUUCACCCGCAGAGACAAAACGCUGAAAUGGACCACUCCAUAAACAAAACAAUAAAAUAUAGGGAUCGUGAACAUGCUGGUGAAGACCCUUCUCUGGACAGUGCAUAUGCGACACUGUCACUGGGCUCAUUAUCAGAUGCCGAAUAUGAUGAUUAUAGCGUGCUGCAUUCAGAUUCAAAAGUAUUUCUCAAGGAUAUUGGCCAUGUCAACGAACUGAUGCAUAAUAAAGAGGCUGGAAGGAACGUGCAUUAUAGUGGAGAAGAACUUAACGAACAAAGCAUGUAUACAACAACACCAAGUAUGAACUUGCGAAUCGAAGCGAAUGACUAUUCAUCAUAUGGUCCUAUUGCAUUCUGUGUACCCAAGCUGGAACGCUCAGCAAAUCAGACGCAAGUAUACCCAUCUAAAAUGCCAAUCGUUAACUUUUCAAGAACAUUUCUAAGCCCAAUCGUAUGCACUGUAAGACCAUUCAAAAUACCAGAAGAGCCAUUGUCAUGUACAGUCGAACCUGACUGUGAUCCAAUAGUUCAAAAGUCAUCGUGUUGUAUCGUCGAAGGCUUGCACCACUCAACGAGUAGAAAAACACAGUCAAAUGAUUAUGUAGAAAAAGAUGCUCUCUUUUGUACUGCAAAUGGUCUUCACUCAACGAAUAAAUGUGAGAAAGCAGGAUGGUCAGCACUAAAAGGGGAGGUUUUACACGAAAGCUUAACAACACAAAUGUCAAGAAUAAGAAUUGAAAGCUCAAUCAAAAAGAGACCAAUAAAUGUCCACACAACUGUAGAAACUGCUGUACAUGAUGCGCACAUAAGAGCUGAACAAAGUGAGAUUAUGGCUAGAGAAAAUGUCUUCCAGACAAUGGUGUCUUGUGAGCCUGUUUCCGUAGACAUUGGAAGAAAUGAGGAACAAAUGCAGACUUACGCAACAGAUUAUUUAUAUAUCAGCAAGAAGGACAUAGUCAUAAUACAUUCAGAGGACGAUAUAGUGAGAGCUGCUCACUUUAAAGAAUCAAUUGAGAAACUUUGCGACAACAAACUAAUUCCUGGCGUGACAGUUGAUUUGCAGCAGCAUAUAGAUGCAGGCAAGCAAGCCAUAGGUAGUCUUGACACUCUACAUGACAGAUAUAGGUGCAUUCUGGUUUUUGUAACCGAUGCCUUUCAAUCAGACGCGUACAAGAAGUUUCACAGCGAAUGUGUACUUGUAUUCGGGUUGGAUUCAGGAGGAGACAAACUCAACCGAGUGGUGCCGGUGUGGGUGGAUGCCACACGGAGAACUUGCAAAAUACCGUACCUUAAAACGUUGAACGGGAUCGCCUACACAGGUAAAACGAGUAACUUCUUCGAAGAACUUAUGUUAAAAACUGUAAAGCACUUUCGGGAAUUGAUUAAAUAACUCGACAAGUGCAUUGAACAGUAGAUCUAUGGAUGGCUAUAGAAACGCAAGUGCCGCAGUUAAAUAGCGGGAAGUCAGAAUAUACCGACAUUCCAAGGGUACAACAGUCGCCUUUAGACUGAUGUAAAUAUGACGUUAAUAAUCGGAUUUUGGUCCCUACAAUAAAACAAAUAAUUGUAGAAGUAUUAACAGAAGGGGUAGUACUGAAAUUUGAUAUAUUGGAAACCUGUUAUUUUGAAAUCCAUUUUAAAGUUAGUAUCUGAGUAUAAAUAACAGAGACUAUUUAUUACUUUUGACUUCAACGUGUGCAAUUUUGCACGGAGAAUACAAGUACAUGUAUAUGGUCUGUGACAUAUUGUCUCAUGACGAUUAACAUGUUUUCCAACAUCCAUUUGAGGGAACAAUAGAGCGGAAAUGACGCGAAAAAUAUGAUUUGGAAAUGCCCGUUUUUGUAUUAGACGCUGAACGUGACGCAUGGUAUAUAUUAUACCACGUGAAAAUUCGUGCGGAUCCGUGUUCAUGCUAACACACAGGCGGCAUAAGCCAGGGGUUGCAAGUACCUCAACUGCUUAACCCUAAACUUCUUACUUGUCUUUCGCAUCAGACGUUAAUCUGAACUGGUCAGAGCUCCACUAAGUGCUUCAAAAGUGCAUUAGUUAUCUCCAGAAGACGUUUCUCAUAAAUCAUAUAUAUGGACAAAAACGAGAAAAUACGGUGCACAUGAUAAACUUGUAGAACACGCAUUUUUGCUCUUCUUGACGUGGUAAAUUUAUGCAAAUAACACGUGAAAUCAAAAGCGUGGACGUUCGAUGUUGUUUUGACCGUCAGUAGUGUUCUCAAAAUAUACAGGCAAUUCAAGGAGUCUUAAUAAAUUAUGUUUAUGGAUAUAUAUGAAAUAUUUGUUUAUACUAUUUUGUACAUGUUAAAUUCGUCAACAUUGUGUUUUAAAUGCAGUCGGUACAUGUAUAUUCAAGGACUAUGCCUAUGCUGUUCCGAUCGUGUUUAUUUGAUUUUCGUGUCAAUUGUCCAUGAUUGAUGCCAUAUUGACAUGUGAUUUGAGAAUAUUUUAUUAAACAUAUAUAUAUAUAUAUAUAUAUAUAUAUAUAUAUAUAUAUAUAUAUAUAUAUAUAUAUAUUUAUAUAUUUAUAUAUAAAUUGAAUGACGACCUUGUUUGUGUGUUAAUAGACUGAUUUAUUAUGAAUAAACACUAUUUUUGAAUUUUUACAUCAAUUGAAUGUGUUGAAUUGUAUCUUUCAUAUUUAUACAUGUACACAUUUGACGUCCAAUUACUUUUAGUUUUAGGGCAAUUAAAUAACCAAACUACUUAGACAGUUCAAUAAAUAUGCCUUCUGUGUGAUUCGAUCAGCUACAUUGUGAUUUCAUCAGCUACAGUAUGAUUUGAUCAGCUUCAAUGUGAUUUCAUCAGCUACAGUGAUUUGAUCAGCUAUAGUGGGAUUUGAUCAACUUUAGUAAGAUUUGAUCAGCUACAAUGUGAUUUGAUCAGCUACAAUGUGAUUUGAUCAGCUACAGUGGGAUUUGAUUAGCUACAGUUGACUUUGAUCAGCUACAAUGUGAUUUGAUCAGCUUCAAUGUGAUUUGAUCAGCUACAGUGAUUUGAUCAGCUUGAGUGGGAUUUGAUCAGCUACAAUGUGAUUUGAUCAGCUACAGUGUAAUUAUAUAAGCAACAGUGUGAUUUGAUCAGAUCUGUAUUGUGUUGUGAUCGUGAAUAUGACCAUUCAUCAGUCUGUAAGGUGAAAUCUAAUGAUCACUGAUGCAUUCAGCACUUCAUUGGUAUGUGACUCACAACAUUAGAAAGUAAAUAAUCUAAUUGAUUAUUCUUUAUUCAAAUAACAAAUUGAUUUCUACAUUUAUGUUAAUGAAAAUUACAUUAGAUGUAAAUCACUU